AGUCUGUAAUCAGAUUUUCAAUUAUUUUCUUAUCGAUCGAUCGUCUGUUGGACUUUUGUUAGGGUUUUCGUUUUUUUCUCAGAGAUCAAAAUCGAUGGCUUCCCUGGAUUCCGACGUAAACAUGAUCCCUGCAGGUGAAUCCUCCAACCCCGUCGUCCCUUCGAGCAAGAAGGCAAAGAGAUUCGAAGUUAAGAAGUGGAGCGCGGUUGCUCUCUGGGCUUGGGAUAUAGUUGUUGACAAUUGCGCUAUCUGCAGAAACCACAUCAUGGAUCUCUGCAUUGAAUGUCAGGCUAAUCAGGCAAGCGCUACGAGUGAGGAAUGCACCGUUGCUUGGGGGGUUUGCAAUCACGCCUUCCACUUCCACUGCAUCAGCAGAUGGUUAAAGACUCGUCAAGUUUGCCCUUUGGAUAACAGUGAGUGGGAGUUCCAGAAAUAUGGUCACUAAUCCUCCCAUCUAAUAUAUAUAAGAUAUCAUCAUGUUCACUUCGCUGCGGCUUAUGAGAUACUCAAACUUCUUGUUUUCCUUUUCUGUUUUUUUUUUUCCCUUGCUGUGUGUGAUUUACUUUCACUGAAUCUAUUAUUCUUUUUACUUCGGUAAUAUCUUUAAAAAUUUUAAAAUUAUGUAGUUCCAACUUCCAUUAAGUAUUGCUUAAGACUUUCAUCA